CAGGUGCAACCCACCAAUGGGAAGCCGGGGGAACUCCCCGCCACCCAAUGGGAAGAACGCAGCAGAGGCGGCUGGCCAAGUCGAUCGCCCGGCCGGGCGAGGCACGGAUGGCGAGCGGAGUCCGCAGCCAGCCCUGAAGCGCUUCCUGAGUUCUUUCUUACCCCAAAUCUUCAUUUCCUUCCUGUGGAGUGAACCUGACGAAUUUCGACCUACCAAGUUUUUUCUCGGGGCUGGACUCGGGAUAUUAUUUGCGUUGAGUCUUGCCAAAAUCCUGAUUUUUCCCAUGACCAUCCGGGAACAGACGAAAAUCGAAUUGUUGGCUGGCAUGGCAGGCGUGGCGGCCGUCGGAUGGGGCGUCUCUCCGCAAUUCCGUUGCGCCAGCCUCUUGGUGGUUCCCAAAUUCCUGGGAAAGGAAGGACGGCUUUAUAUUCUCACGUACAUGUUAGCCACUGUCUACGACGGCCCGGUGGCAAAUAUUCGGCACAAUCUCGGGGAAGUGGUGCGAUCCAUCAGCUGCACGGUGGAAUUACAGAUUGAAAACUCCAAAAAAGCAUGGAAAAUUUCCUUGGCGCCGAUGCGGAAAAUCCUCAAAGACAUGGUGAGAAGUGGGAAGACUUUGAGAAGCGAGUCCCAAAAUAUCUCACGCUCCUUCACGGAGCUGAACAAGCAAGUGGCGAGCCGAGCCGGCACGGAGAGCCGAUUGGUGCGCGAAGCCGAAGGGAGCGCCUCGACGCAGGACGUCUACGAGGCGAAGACGCGGAUGCGUUGCAAAAGUAUCAUCCAGCAGGCGGUCAAGCGUUGUCAAACCUGGUUCCAGACCAAACAUCAGUCUUGCAUGAAGACGAUCGCCGUGCCCCUGGUCAACCACCUGCUCUGCAUCCCCAUGAAAUUCAGCUUCCUUUGCCAUUUGGCCAAAGUGAUGAACACGUGGUGCCGGGACAAGAUCCCCGUGGAAGGCAACUUUGGGCAAACGUACGACCGGGUGAACGGCUCGGUGGACAAUUUAAACCAAGAUUUCACAGCCAGCGUUGUCAUCCAGGAAGAGCAGCAAGAGAUGCUGGUGGGGGCGAACCUGUCUUCCCACAAACACCUGGUGGACAACGUCAACGAGCAGCUCUACCAGAGUGGCAAAGAGCUGGGCACGGCCCUCACCCUCACCCGGGCUCUCCUCUCCUGCAUGUUCCUCCUGGUUUUCGCCUCGGCUUAUUCCUACACCAACAAAUACAACGAAGACAUCCGUUUCGAUAACCUCUAUGUCUCCCGUUACUUCCGGCAGAUUGACGCAAGACGCCGCAAGCAGAGAAAGCGGACUCUUCUGCCCCUGCGCCGUGCGGAGGAGAGCCGGAUCAUCGACCCCCUGCGCCUGGCCUUCCAGCCAGCGGAGACCAAGAGUGUGUUCCUGGAGCUACUGGGCUGCCUGCCCCCCCUGGUCUUCCUGCUGAUGGCGUGUGCCCUGGACUCCCUGCUCUUCACCAUCUUCAGCACCAUCCGAAAUCAUUCCUUCAUUCAGUAUUCCUUCCGCAGCAGCCACCACUUGGAAGUCAAAGUUGGCGGACAAACCAUGAUGGCUCGUCUCCUCCGGAGCACCAUCGGGGCCCUGAACACGUCCUCCGAAAUGGAGAUGGAGACCAACAACCUGCAGUGUCUGCCAGAACCGCGUGGGAUGAGCCAGGAUGAGUACGCCAAGACCGCCAUCCCGCUAGGCGCCCUGGUGAUGCUAUGUUUCCUGCAAGUCUACGUCUUCCGUCUCCGGAGGGUCAUCGCCGCCUUCUAUUUCCCCAAGCGCGAGAAGAAGCGAAUUAUCUACCUCUACAACGAGAUGUUGCGUCAGCGCAUGGCUUUCGUGAUUGUGCAACGCAAACGCAUCAUUUUGCGAGCUCGGAGGCGCAAGAGAGUGAGAAAGCCGCUGUUGAACCAGAUCGGACACUGGUGUCCCUUCUUGAAACGGUUCCUGAUCCGGCGAUGCAUCCUUUGCAACCGGACCGAAUCCCGCCAUUCGUUGACGUGUUCGAAUCCCGACUGCGAGACCGUUUACUGCCGGAUUUGCUGGAAAGAUCUCGGCAAAACUUGUUUUGCCUGCAAUCCGGACAAUCUGGUUUCGGACGACGAGAGCAGCGACGGAGAAACGGGCUACGCCGAUUAAAUUGUGGUUUAAAAUUUU